CGUAUAGGCUGCGGCUGAUUACCGUCACCGGGCAUCGACAUGGCAUGGCUCUCGUUGAGUACCCUCCUCACAUUCGUCAUGUCACACCCACCGGCGACAAAGUUUCCUCGUGACUUCGGCGCUGCACUUCCCGCAGCCGGCACCUUAGCCGGCACGCCGCUCGGGCAUUGUGUAUGGCACGCUCGGAGCCCGUGUCGGAGUCUACUCCAGUCCGUAAGUCCGCUCUAGCGAUGUCAAGUUAACGGCAGCAUCUCUGACAACUCAUACACAAAUUUUUCACAGACAAAUAUUCAAGAGUAGCUACGAGACUGCUUCAGCUGUCGCAAACGCAGAAUUAGCGUACCGCCAUUACUGUGUUACAAAAUGGGCAGCUCUUGACUAAGUCUUUCUACUAUUGGGUUCACCGGAGACAAUCUUUGUCCUGAGUGACUGAGACAGUUUGCCAGGGUUAGCACAAACGUGGAGAUGGCCAAUUCUAGUAGCUACCAACUGUGCUUAUGACAAUAACAAGCAUGGUGGAGUUGUUGACGGCUCGGGCCUGCGCGCUCUGCCUUGCAUACUUUGUUGCGAUGUUUGCAGCAGCGGCGACGAGUAGCGCGAGCCCGGCUGUCAAGUAUGUGAGCGAACGGGAGGGCUGGCAGCGGGCCUGGACGCACGAAGCCAUGGAACCCAUGUACAACGCCAGCCUGUAUCCCGACCUGGCGGUGUUCGCGGGCCGCAUCCGGCUGCUGAGCGGGCUGGGCAUCGCCAACCAGCUGCGUCGCUACCACAUGAACAGCAGCCGCGUCAAGAGGGGCACGGCGGUGGUGGUCGUGCGCGGCGGCAGGGUGACGGGCCUGACCUUUGAGGACUUCAACCCGGCCUUCCGGAUACGGCUGGACUCUGUGGUGCGAGAGCUGCAGCGGCACCAGGACGCCGGCCACAUCACACUGCCCGACUCCGUGUUCAUACUCAACACGCGGGACGUGCCCGUGUGCUCACUGGGCUACUGCCUGGUGCCCAUGUUCAGUCCGGUCAAGGAGGUCCGGCCCGGCGGCAAGUCGUACAACGAGGACUUGCUGGUGCCGCACCUUGCCUACCCGGCCGAUGAGCUGGUGGAGGUGGAGCCGGCGGACAAGAUUCCCCGCGCCGGCAUUGCCAUCCACGCGGACGAGCCGGCGGGCAGCGAGGGCUCCUGCCGCUGGUUCGUGCGCAAGUUCGCGCGGGCCGGCGGCGCCGCGGCCCAAUGGAUCGACGUGUUGGAAGCCGGCGAGCUGAUCAAGCAGCAGGUGCAGGUGCUGGCGGCAGGCGGGGCAGCAGCAGCAGCCGGAGGAGGAGGAGGAGGAGGAGGAGGAGACGGAGGUGCAGAGGCGAGGAAGGCGAUGGAGGUGGCGGCGGGGGAGCGGCCGGUCAGCGGCAUGUCCGCCUACCCGGCCCCCGCCGCCUGCCUGGCUCGCUACCAGGUGGCCCUCAGUUGUGACAGCCAGGCCGCCAACCCCGGUCUGGCGGGGCUGCUGGCGUCCAACAGCCUGGUGCUCAAGGGCCGCAGCAACUGGGCGGAGUACUACUACCGGCUGCUAAAGGUUGUGAAGGAGGCGAUGCUCAAGUCCCAGGCGGCCAAGUGCGCCGCCAUUGUGGAGCGGGCGCAGCGCUUCGCCUACACCUACCUGUCGCAGCGGUCCAGGGCGCUGUUCUACGAGAAGGCCAUCACCGAGUACAACAAGCUUUUCGGGGAGGGCUACAUGCAGGCCACGGUGGCCGACCUGCCCCGCGACCGCCCCCUCGCCAUGUCAGACAUACUGGCGCUGCCCAUGUACCCGUCCACGUGGCGGCAGGGGCUGGCCUAGCGGAGGCGGUGGCGGUGGUGCGCGUGGGGCUGGCAGGGGUGGCGGUGGCAAGGCGGUGGUGGGGCUGGUAAGGCGGCGGUGGCAGGCGUUGCGCGUAAGGAUGGCUGCGACAGUGGUGGCAGGGUGGCAGUUUGAGUGCCGUGGGACGCGGCGGAUGCGCGGCGAGGUGGCUGGGUGUCGGCAUGAGAUGUGAGGGAUAGGGGCCGUUUGGUGGCAGCUUCGGGCGCAGGCGUGAGAUGGCAGUGCGUUGUUGCGUAGUAUUGUGUGGCGAAGCGGGGGUUAGGAUGGGAGCGCUGCCCGCGGGUGACCAUGGCGCAGCGGCGCGCGGGCCUGGGGCGUAGGGCUGGCUGAUUUCGCACAAUUGACUCUUUGGGUGGACUGUGUGGCCAAUUUGGGCCCGCUUGCCGCGCUCGCUCGUGAGUUUUAGUGCCGGAGUCAUUAUGCCAUACGGAAAGUAAAUCCUCACACGGUAUGUGGACCCGCAUACGGUAUGGCUGGACAGUGACGACAGUCCG